AUGACAUUGCGCGAAUUAAGCAAGGCUGAGCGUGGGUACUUGGAUUCCCUCGUCAAUGUGGAAUCUUUUGUUGCCAAUUUCGAUCCACAGCGUGAUCGGACGAGAAUUGCUUCACGUUUGGAGUACUUGGAAACCCUUUUUAAGGAGUUCCGCGAGAAUCGGGCCAAAGUUGAAGCACGGCAAGAGCAAGAUCUGGCAGCAUCGAGCUCAGGAGAGGCAGAGAAGGAUGCGCAAGUGAAGAAGGACAUGAAUACCGCUAACCGAAAGACGCGGUUGGAUUUCGAGAACCGUUAUUUCGACGUUAAAGAUUUUUUGGUGUCCCAAAGAAGCAACACGACAGCUGCAGCCUCCUCCUCUUCCUCUCCGCCCGGCCAAACCCCUUACUCCCGCGUUAACCUCCCGGUUUUCAAAAUCCCCCCUUUUGACGGUAGUGUGAAGGACUGGUUAAGCUUUCGCGAUGCGUUCCAGAACACGAUCGGCAAAGAUGUCUCGCUAUCGCCGCUCGACAAGUUCAACUAUCUGCUUUCGGUGCUCACCAAGGAAGCUAGAACUUUGGUGGAGUCAAUCGAAGUGACGGCUACCAAUUUCGACGUGGCUUGGCAAAUGCUUGAACAACGGUUCGAGAAUAAGAAGAUGAUCUCACGCGCGCUGAUGAACAGUUUUUUGGAAUCCGAGCCGAUUAAGCGGGAAUCGUACGAUGCCCUAGUGAAUCUCAUCGAUUCGUACGAGCGCAACUUACUGCAGCUGAGGAAGAUCGGGCUUCCUACGAAGGGGUGGUCGCACCUGUUGGCUCACAUACUCUACACGCGUCUCGAUGUCGAAACUCAAAGGCACUGGGAGCGGGCUCACAACUCACGAGAAGCGCCCACGUACGAAGAUAUGCUAACGUUUCUGCGCGACCAUUUGGCCACCCUUCAACCGUUAGCGCUCUCCAAGCCUCGACCAUCGGAAUCCCGCCAACACCAUGGAAGACCAGCGCAGAAGCCCAAGGUGGGUUCUACGCUUACAACCACAGCCGUGCCGAAGAAAGCUUGUCCACACUGUCAUAGUCCUUUCUAUUCUCCAUUCAAAUGCAAUUCCUUCAACAACAUGAAUCCCUCCCAAAGACUAGAAUCAGUCAAAAAAGCUGUUCAGCUUGUCAUGUUUGCGGCCAAAAGCACCAUACGAUGCUGCAUUUGCGCACUGCAAACAACGGAUCCAGCCAAGGCCAAGAUCAUCCGCUAUCGCAAUCCAAAAAACCCACUAUCCCACAAGGUCAGCCCCCAAUCGCACCAGCUUAAGCCAAUUCCUCCGCCUCGCAAUCGCAAGUGCUCGCUACCGCUCCCGCAACUACUGCUUUGGUCGAACCUUCCACCUCUGGCCGUCCGUCAGUCGCUCUCCCCGCUAAUAGAAGACCCCAAGGGAAACGUUCAGUUCGCGAGAGCCCUCCUGGACUGUUGCUCCGAACGCAACUUGCUCAGCGAACACCUGGCGCAGAAACUGGAACUUCGACGGCAGCACGAUCCCCUAGCGCUUCAGGGCGUUGGACCUAGUACUGCUACAUCUAGGCAAUCGACGAUGGCAACAAUCCGUUCACGCUGUACGGACUACGCUUUCAAUCUCAAGUUCCACAUCUUGCCGGAAUUUAAACCAAUCUUGCCAUCAAAUCGGUUGCACACCGAUCACUGGAAUGUCCCAUCGUUCGUUCAACUCGCCGACCCUCGCUUCUUCGAACCCAACCGUAUCGACAUCAUCAUAGGAGCAGAGGUUUACUAUCGCCUGCUGCUGAAAGGAUUCGUAGAUCUUGGACCAGAGCUUCCCCAUCUCAAGGAAACCGUCUUUGGGUGGAUAGUUUCCGAUAAAUACGACACAACGGAGUCAAACCGCUCCGCCGUCGCUCUCGUCUGCACCAAUGCAGAUUUGGAAAAGCAGCUGGCUCGCUUCUGGGAGGUAGAGUCCUGCCACUCGAACGAAACUCUCUCAGUUGAAGAACGAUCAUGCGAAACACACUUUGCCGCAACCACAACCCGCGAUCCUUCAGGACGGUUUGUAGUUUCACUCCCCAAGAAACUUGAUGUGCUCGAGAAACUUGGAGAGUCUCGAAGCAUCGCUAUUCGCCGUUUCAUGUCACUUGAACGGCGACUGCAGUCGAACCCGCAGCUGUUGGGAGACUACGAGGCGUUCAUUCAGGAAUACCUCCAACUAGGGCAUAUGGAGCUGAUUGACCCUAGCAACGAAGUCUUGCCGCCUGGCGAGAAAACAUACUAUAUGCCUCAUCACUGUAUCGUUCGGCCGGACAGCGCUACGACGAAACUUCGCGUCGUAUUCGAUGCUUCAUGCGCCACCGAUAGCGGCGUUUCGCUAAAUGAAGCUCUAAUGGUGGGCCCCGUCGUUCAAGCCGAGCUGUUCAGCAUCCUCCUACGUUUCCGGAUGUCUCGUUUCGUCAUCGUUGCUGAUCUCCAGAAAAUGUACCGACAGGUGUUGGUGCAUCCCUCUGAUCGUCUACUCCAGCGCAUCGUUUUUCGUUCCUCGCCAUCAGAACCCUUUCGAACUUACGAGUUGCUGACGGUUACCUAUGGUACUGCGUCGGCACCGUACCUUGCGACCCGUUGUCUUCAGCAGCUUGCGUCUGACGGUGAAUCGACUCACCCCAGAGCUGCUAAGGUGCUGUCGAAAAGCUUCUACAUCGACGAUAUGCUUUCUGGAGUGGAUUCUGAAGAAGAAGGAAUCGAAGUGUGCAGCCAGAUGAUCGAUCUCCUGCAGUCAGCUGGAUUCAAGCUGCAUAAGUGGGCCUCCAACAGUCCCAACAUUCUCUACAACAUUCCUGCGGAACUUCGAGAAGACCGCAGCCUUCUAGAACUCGACUCUUCAUCGACGCCGGUGAAAACUUUGGGAUUGCUGUGGCAACCAGAUGACGACGUUUUUCGUUUCAAGAUCCCUUCGUGGUCUUAUGAAGAUUCUAUCACCAAACGGCUGGUUCUAUCUGAGUCGGCACGCUUGUUUGAUCCGCUGGGCCUGUUAGGGCCCAUUGUUCUACGUUCCAAGCUCUUUAUGCAAGAGUUGUGGAAAUCCAAAGUUUCCUGGGACCUUCCGUUAAGCGUACAGCAACAGCAAUUCUGGACAGAUUUCCGGAGGGACCUCAACGUUCUGGAUGAGUUUUCCGUUCCACGGUGGGCGGCUUCUGUAAGCGAUCCUGUGCAAACCGAGCUACACGGGUUCAGCGACGCGUCCGAGAACGCGUACGGUGCUUGCAUCUAUCUCCGUGUCGUUUCUGCUAGCGGAAACGUAUCUGUGCACCUGAUUACUGCGAAAUCGAGAGUUGCACCUAAAGGAACGGAGAAACUAGACCAAAUGAUACGCUUACCGCGCCUCGAGCUUUGCGGAGCUCUCCUCUUGAGUCAUCUGUACGAAAAGGUGGAAAGUAGUCUGCAAAUCCCAGCUCGUUCAUUCUUUUGGACCGAUUCCACGAUAGUCGUGCACUGGUUAGCGUCGUCUCCUUCUCGCUGGAAGAAAUUCGUAGGAAACCGAGUAGCAGAGAUUCAGCAAAUCACAGCUUCCGGUAUAUGGAGGCACAUACCAGGCAUCGAGAACCCCGCGGACGUCAUUUCGCGAGGAAUGCCAGCACAGCAGCUCGUUGAGCACUCGCUAUGGUGGCAAGGUCCCAUUUGGCUGCAACAACCGAACAGCCAUAUGCAGAGAUUCUGCAGCAACUCGAAGAAGCGGAACCGAGAGACCAGAAACACCGACGCUCUAUCAACGGCGGAACUAGAGGAGGCUUUAGUGGCGCUCGUGAAACUUGCCCAGAAAGACUCUUUUGCGGAAGAUCUACGUUCAAUUCGCGUCACCGGCCAAGUGAAGACUUCGUCCAAACUGAAAGCACUCUCUCCGGUACUCGUUGAUGGAGUUCUACGCACCCGAGGACGCCUCAGCAACGCAGGCAUAUCUUUCGCUCAAAAGCAGCCAAUGAUUCUGGACAACAAGCAUCCGUUCACUCUACUGGUCGUGCGAUACUAUCACCUGAAUCGGAUGCACGCAGGUCCCACGCUUCUCACCGCAACCAUUCGUUUAAAAUUCUGGCCUCUCCGACUACGAAACCUCGUGCGCAAGGUAACGCACGAAUGCGUCAACUGUUUCCGCAGCCGACCCAGCUUAAGCGAGCAAAUUAUGGCCGAUCUACCAUCGGUUCGAGUAACACCAACUUUACCGUUCCUGAACACCGGAGUGGACUUUUGCGGUCCGUUCUAUCUCCGGCCGGUUUCGAGAAAGGCUGCCCCACAGAAGGUUUUUGUAGCAGUUUUUGUUUGCCUAUCAACCAAGGCAAUACAUUUGGAGUUGGUAGGCAACCUAUCUACGGAUUCGUUCAUCACUUCCUUGAAGAGAUGCGCUGCUCGUCGAGGAGUGCCGAAAACCAUAUCUUGCGACAACGGCACCAAUUUUGUCGGCGCUCAACGAGCACUCAACGAGUUCCUACAGCUGUUCCGAUCUCAACAGAGCCGCUUGGAUGUAGCUCAACGGUGCUCUGCCGAGGGCAUCCAGUUUUUCUUCAUUCCUCCUCGAUCGCCGCACUUCGGCGGUAUCUGGGAAGCCGCGGUUAAAUCCCUAAAAACGCACCUCCGUCGCACACUGGUCAACGCCUUGGUCACCGCCGAGCAAUUCCAGACGCUCCUUACGCAAAUAGAAGCGCUCCUCAACUCUCGGCCGCUAACGCAGCUGAGCAACUCGCCGGAGGACUUGGAUGUUCUCACUCCAGGUCAUUUCUUGGUACACCGGCCUCUAACGUCAAUUCCCGAACCCUCCUACGAAGAGCUACCCAGCAAUCGGCUUUCGCAGUGGCAGCAAAUACAGGAAUAUCUCCGUCGCCUGUGGAAACGAUGGUCGACGGAAUACUUAGCAGGACUUCAACAGCGUACCCGUUGGACACGGGAACGAGAUAACAUCCACAUUGGAACGAUGGUGCUGAUCCGUGAGGACAACCUCCCGCCGCAGAAGUGGCGUUUCGGUCGGGUUGUUGAAGUAUUCCCGGGCAGCGAUGGGCUCAUCAGAGUUGUCAGCGUCCGCACCAAGGAUGGAAUCUACAAACGGGCAAUCGCACGAGUUUGUGUCUUGCCGAUUCCGGAUAACCACCCGGAUUACGAUGCUGCAGCGUUCCAGGUGCCAGCAACACAAGCGACGUCGGAUGGGAGGGGACCUCAAGGACCUACACCCCGUCUACGACAGCAGCCUGCACUUCUGAAACCUUUGGUCGACGUGCUAGUUCCGACCCGGCAAUCAGCGAUCGUUGGUCGACGUGCGAGUUCCGACCGAGGAGUCAACAACAAGAAGACGGAGUCAACGAAUAUAGGAUAG